CUCCAAUAGGAGGCCUGGCCUCUGCGCUCCCCCCGCCCGUGGGGAGAGACAGGCCGAGGAGAGACAGACAGCCCAGAGUUUCAGAGCAGCCAGGGACAACUUUGAUUUUCGCCUCGUGUUUAUUUUCUUUUUGUAAUAAUCUGUGUCAGGAUGAUUUUAUCCGAGCGCGCCAUCGCUUUGCUUCUGGAGUGGAAAUGUUUACAUGGAGUCCUGUAGCCUCGUGGAGAUGGAUACGUGACGGUUAGAGAAGAAAGUUCGGAACUUUCCCCCCCGAUCCUCUGAGCGCAGCACAAUGGACUCCGGGUGGAGGAAGCGCUCCAGAGGAGGAGGAGGAGGUGGAGGAGGGAGGCUGUGGAGGCUUUACUUCUGUCUGGCCUGCGUGUCCUCUGCCUCGGCUCAGCUCAGCUAUUCCGUCCCGGAGGAGCUCAGUCCGGGCUCGGUCGUGGGGAACGUGGCUAAGGAUCUGGGUCUUACAGCCCAGCAGAUCGUCCAGAGGAAGCUGCGCGUGCAGUCGGAAUCAGGGGUGGAGUAUUUCGAGCUGAAGGAGGUGACCGGAGAUCUGGUGAUUAAACAGAAAAUCGACAGGGAGCAGCUGUGUGAGCUGAGGUCAUCGUGCUCACUGCACCUGCAGCUGCUCGUGGAGAACCCCCUGCAGAUCCACCGGGCCGUGGUGGACGUUCUGGACGUGAAUGACAACGCUCCGAGGUUUUCCACCAGCACCAUCUCCCUGGAGGUGUCCGAGGCGGCCUCGCCGGGGACGCGGUUCCGUCUGGAGAGCGCGCACGAUCCAGACGUGGGUGCCAACUCUUUACGCACGUACCAGCUGGCAGCGAACGACUUCUUCAUCUUAAAAGUGGAAACUAAAAGCGACGGCAGCAAGUUUCCAGAGCUGGUGGUGGACAAGGCUUUGGACAGGGAGGCGCGGGCGUCGUUCCGCCUGAUGCUCACGGCUGUGGAUGGGGGGCAGCCGGAGAAAUCUGGCUCCACUCUUCUGCUCAUUAAAAUCCUGGAUGUGAACGACAACGCGCCGGUCUUUGAAGAGCCGGUGAAGAAAGUCACCCUGCUGGAAACUGUGGCACUCGGCACUUUAGUCACGAAAUUAAACGCGACGGACGCGGAUGCGGGCAGCAACGGGGACAUAUCCUUCCUGUUCGGUAAAUACACGUCGGAGCGCGUGCUCCAGCUGUUCAGCGUGGACUCUAAAAGCGGAGAGAUCCGUGUGAAGGGCUCCGUGGAUUAUGAAAAGGGCGCAUCUUAUCACAUCACCGUGCAGGCCAGAGAUGGGGGCUCCCCCGCCAUGGAGGGAUCCUGCAACGUCAUAGUGGACGUCACUGAUGAGAACGACAACGCGCCGGAGGUGACGCUGACGUCACUGACAAGCCCCAUCAAAGAAGACUCGGAUCCAGGGACUGUGAUAGCCCUCAUAAGUGCCAGGGAUCUGGACUCUGGCGUUAAUGGGCAGGUUACAUUAACUAUCCCCCCAGGGUUGCCUUUUAAACUGAACUCAGCUUUUGGCAUGCAUUAUAAUCUGAUCACUGCCAGCAGACUGGACCGUGAGACUGUCCCAGAGUACACGGUGGUCAUCAAGGCCACUGAUGCUGGCUCCCCGCCUCUUUCAUCACAAAUAUCCUUUGUGGUGAAGCUCUCAGAUGUAAAUGACAACCCUCCCAUCUUCUCCCAGCCUUCAUACUCCGUGGACAUCCCUGAAAACAACGCCCCCAGCUCCCCCAUCACUGCUGUGUCUGCCACAGACCCAGACCUAGGUGAGAAUGCUCACGUCUCCUUUUCCAUCCUUCCCAGCAUGGUCCAGGGCUCACCCAUAUCAUCCUAUGUGUAUAUUAACCCAGAGACAGGACACAUCUACAGCAUGCGCUCCCUGGAUCACGAGCAGCUUAAAAACUUCCGCAUUGAGGUGCAGGCCCAGGACGCUGGGGUGCCCCCACGGACGACGAACGUCACUGUGCAUGUGUUUGUGGUGGAUGUGAAUGACAAUGCGCCAGUGAUGGUUCACCCCUCCCACCCUAAAGACAAAAGACUGCAGCUGGCUGUGCCACCAUCUGCUGGCCCUGGUCACCUCAUAAAUAAACUGGUGGCAGUGGAUGCAGACAGUGGGCACAAUGCGUGGUUGUUCUACUCAAUCGCACCCGGACCAAAUGUUGGCAUGUUCCGCAUUGGGGCCCACACCGGGGAGCUCCGCACAGCCCGCAAGCUAGCAGAAGAGGAAGGGGGCUCAGCUUAUGAUAUAACAGUGGUCAUCCAGGAUAAUGGUGAUCCACCAAAGUCCAGCUCUGUGAACAUUACAGUAACUGUGGACGAGAAGGCUGCAGCCAAUGAAGCUCCUGUUAUCCCCCACCACAACCAGUUCUACCACCGCACCGGGAUGCCUGACAUCACUCUGUACCUCAUCAUCUCUCUCGCCUGCGUGUCAGGCGUUGCGUUUAUUACGUUUGUGGUUUUCAUGGUGCGCUGCCUGAGGCACCGGGACCCAAUGCUGGGGGACUCCGAGUGCUGCUUCUGCUGCUACGAUCGCCACAGGCCCAGCCGCUACCACCAGAGGCCCAGCAAAGACCUGCACCUGCAGCUCAACACUGAUGGACCUAUACGAUACAUGGAGGUGGUGGGAGGCCCCCAGGAUCCACACAUGCGCACCUACAGGCCCUGCUACUCCACCAUAUCCAGCCGAAGUGACUUUGUAUUUAUGAAAACACCCAUGCUGAGCCACAACAACACACUCAACACGACGCUCAGCAGGAAGCAGCUUAUGAACUCAGUCAGUGAGUUUAGGGAGUUUCCAUUUGCCCAUGUUUGUGUUCAAAAAGAUUGUGUGAAGCAGGAGUUUUCCAAAAAUCCCCACAUGCCAUACGGUACACAAAUACGAUGGACAACGAAGAAUGGGACAAGGGCAACUGGAGGACCUGAGGUUGCCAUGGGAACUGGUCCCUGGCCCCAGCCCCCUACUGAAGCCGAGCAGCUUCAGGCGCUGAUGGCUGCAGCCAACGAAGUAAGCGAGGCCACGGCCACCCUCGGGCCCGGCACCAUGGGUCUGAGCACCCGGUACAGCCCCCAGUUCACCCUGCAGCAUGUGCCGGACUACCGCCAGAACGUCUACAUCCCCGGCAGCACGGCCACCCUCACCUCCAACCCCCAGCAGCAGCAAGCCUUGGCUCAGCAGGCCACGCAGCAGGCGUUGCCCCCGCCUCAGUCCUCGGGCCAGGCCGAACCCCCCAAGGCGGCCCAGACCCCCGCCUCCAAGAAGAAGUCCACCAAGAAGGAAAAGAAGUAAACGUGGACAGGGCGAGGGGGCGAGAGCAUGAUGUGAUGAGAAAUUGAACCCCCCCACACCCCUCUACUAGGUCUCUCACUGCUUUGCUGGAUGCUGUUGGUGGUUCCUUGAAGAAUCCAAAACGUGCUGGAGGUUUUUCUUCUUACUAAUCCCUGCUUAAAGAUCGGGUAUUGUUCAUGUAGUCUUUGUGGGUAGGUAUUUUUGGCUGGGUAUGGGGGGUUCCUGUUGUGUUCUUUUUCUUUCAAUGAAAAAAAAAAAAGUACAAAAAAAAAAACUAUUGGACACAGAUUUAGUGUAACAAACCUUGCUGGGAUGACAAGGCUACACACGACGAUGUAUUCAGAGAUGAAAUGUUAAUGUCUUUCAUGUUGGAGUUGUUGCGCAUUUUCCUCAAGGUGAGGAAAGUCAGCUGUUGUAAAGUACACACGUUGCCAUCCGGUAGACUCCUGCGUAGGGCCAGCCUCAGCAUAGAGGCUGUUUGACAGGUAUUACACUCUUCUGCAUGCUCAUUAAGGUUCAAACCACAUAGGCUAGUUUAGAGUUGCAAACUAUGCAUUGCAAAAGCAAAGAGGAGGACAUCCUGAAUCUAAUUUCCUCCCCUCCAAUCGCAAGUCAACAGAAUGCACAAGGAGCAUUUACUUGACGCAAAAAUGAGAAUUACUUUUGUAAUCAUAGUUUAAAAAAAAUGAAGAAAUCUUGUGAUAUUUUUAUGGCCUGAGCAUGCACACACGGGAAGGGGCUGGCAGAGGAUGGGGGAGGCAUUAAAAGCAGUGCGGUUUGUCUGCAGGCUCAACCCAGCUGCCCUCCCUCACACCCAGCCCAUGCUCCUCCCUCACCCACUACCCCACAAUUUGAGCCAAACUGAGAGAAAUGCGCUGUCCGUGUUCUGAAGAGGAGACCGUGCUGGGGGCUGUAAUCACUACACUCUUUAGGGAAACGUAGACGUGCUAAACUUAAGCGCUUAGGAGUUUCUAGACACUUUGUAAGCCUCUAGGGCCUUCAUAAAGCUUUCACCCUUCACUUCCUUGAGGUGCUGAAGAAAUUUCUGGAUGUUUAAUUUUUCUUUUCCCUUUUGGAAGAUUAUAAUUCAGUAAUGGAGUUCGUUAUGGAGUGUUUAGUUUGCCGUCCGUUUUCUGUCAGGCCAGAUAAAACUGCAUGAAAAUAAGAAGGCAGCUCAUAGAUGGGACUGGAGGGAAUGAAAGGGAUGCGGUGAGAGGCAAACGGAUCAAGGUGACAUCAUUGUGCCAAACAAGGAGGGGAGGUAUGUGUGAUGCAAUGUUAGCUCCACCCACUGAAUGUACAGAGGAACCACUGCUGAUCUGCCCCCCUCCUAACGUUCUGUGAAGCACUGACCCAGGUAGAGGUCACCAAGCACAAAGCUGCUCACAAGCUUUUUCCAAAUUUAUUUGUAAUCAAUGGGAAAUCUGAUCCUCUCUGCCUCUCACCUGUCUGCCCCCCCCCCCCCCCCAUCUGUGCAGCUCGACCCCCCUCUGUAAAUAAACACGAGUCUGGUCGAUGGUAUGAGCAGAGCAUUUCUAAAGCAGGGAUCUCUUCCAAGAUUUUCACAAUAGAAGGUUCUCAACGCGGUGAUGUGCUCUACUGGAAUGUGUUGCGUUUUGUUUUUCCAAAAAAGCAAAACAGUAAAAACCACACUUAAAAAAAAA